UCCGCCAUCCCCGCCAUCUUUAAACAUCUUGUUGUUGAGCAUGGAUCAAGUCGAAGAGUGACUCAUUGAGGAGGUUAGAAAAUAUGAACACCUCUAAAACUCCUCAUCACUGCACUAUAAAGACUGCCAGAUGGCACAAAAUUAUUGGAGGCAGAUAUCAGGUAACAUUGGCCUGGACAUGGCGGACUGCUUAAAAAGAUGGAAAAACCUCAGGGACAAAUAUGUUCGCCUGAGGAAAAAGUUGGCCUCACGAAGCGGGGAUCCAGGUGGAAAAAAAGUCCCCACAUUCUACACCUUCCUGUCCUGGUUGGCUCCACACGUGAAGCAUCGAGAGACGGAGUCCAAUUAUGAUACGCAGAAAGGAACCCCCUCUCUCCGAACAUCUCCAGCAUCCAGCAUGGAGCCAUCGUCACCCUCCUCAGAUGACCCUCCACCGUCAUCCUGCUCACAGCAACCCACAGUGUCUACUCAGCCAUCCCUGCUGCCCUCAGCGUCCACUCAGCCAUCCCUGCUGCCCUCAGCGUCCACUCAGCCAUCCCUGCUGCCCUCAGCGUCCACUCAGCCGUCCCCGCUGCCCUCGACGUCCCCGCUGCUGUCCCCGCUGUCAUCUCCUGUGUCACGGAUGGGACAGAAAAGGAAGCGCAGGGACCAGGACGAGCUGUUCAUGAAGCAGCUGGCUGAGUUUCAUGACAAGCGGUUGGAACUGCACCAGAGGUUGGCACAGGACACCAGGGAUGAGUGCUCCAGGUUUGGGGAGAUGGUGGCUGAUUUUCUCAGGAGGGUGCCUGAUGAGAAGCGGCCUGACGCCAUGUUUAAAGUCUUCCAGCUACUGCAUGACAGCGAGAAGCAGCAGUGAACUUUAAGAAAAAAGUGCUCUUUUCUUUGUGUGUGUGUGUGUGUGUGUGUGUGUGUGUGUGUGUGUGAUUUUUUUGGUUUAAUUGGUUUAAUUGGGUUUCCAUUUUUGCACAAUGUAAAUAGUUGUCCUUAUCUCUUUUGUUAAUUUGUUAUGUUAAUGCACCUUUCUAAUUUUACAUCUACUUUUCUUGGACUGGACCAUUGCACAUAUACUGAAGUUUAUACUUUACAAGUUUGUUGUUAUUGCAAUAAAGUCCACUUUGAAUGUGA